AGUUAUCUUCUCACAGUUGGACCUCAGAGCAUCAGAGCAGAGCAAACCCUUCCUCAAGCAGGGUGAGAGAGGAGCAUAAGAGAGCAAAUACAACCCCUGUUGAGUUUUUGCACAACCUCCGAGACAUUUCUGUAAGAGGCGUAGAAAGUUGAUUCCUGGCUGCAUUGGCGUUAUCAUGGCUUCUCAAGGCCUCCAGAUCAUGGGUGUGCUGCUGGCCUUCAUCGGCUGGCUGGGCACCAUCAUCACCUGCGCCAUGCCCAUGUGGAGAGUCACCGCUUUCGUCGGGGCGAACAUCGUUACGGCCCAGGUGAUCUGGGAGGGCCUGUGGAUGACCUGCGUGGUCCAGAGCACGGGCCAGAUGCAGUGCAAGGUGUACGACUCCAUGCUGGCUCUGCCUCAGGACCUGCAGGCCGCCAGGGCCAUGGUGGUCAUCGCUGUGAUCGUCGGGGUGUUUGGCAUCCUCAUGGCCGUGGUUGGAGGGAAGUGCACCAACUGCAUGGAGGACGAGGUGGUAAAAGCCAAAGCUUGCAUUGUGUCCGGAGUGAUCUUCAUAAUAGCAGCAUUUCUGAUAAUGAUCCCGGUGUCGUGGUCAGCUCACGCGGUGAUCAGGGACUUUUAUAACCCCAUGGUGAUCGCUGCUCAGAGGAGGGAGCUCGGGGCAGCUCUGUAUAUCGGCUGGGGCUCCGCUGGGCUGCUGCUGCUGGGAGGGGGCCUGCUCUGCAAUAACUGCCCCCCAAGAGAAGGCACCAGACCCUACAUACCUGCCAAGUUCGCCCCUGCAAGAACCGCAUCUUCAAAUGUGAACUAUGUGUGAAUGUUCAGAGUGGAACGGCAGCAUGAAAUAUCGGGAGGUUUUUUCUUAUUUAAAAAAAAAAAUGUAUACAAAAUGUUGUACAGAAGGAUUUAUUUCUCAUAAAUGUGGUUGCAAAAGCUGACAUAGGCAUGAACAUGUGAUUGAUAAGAGAAUAAACCCUCCUCUGAAUUUGAAUCACUUAAAAAUAUGGAGCAUUUAAUUCACAAAAGACAGCACAGUUAAGUCCUGUAUAUUUCCUUGUUGUUUGUCUGAUGUAUGAGACUAAAUGGAUUAUUAUUUAGACUGCUGAUCAGAGAAAAAUGUGAAUGAAAAGCAUUUUGGAAAAAUUGACAUCAUAUGCAGAUUUUAAUAUUGAACAAUGUGCAGUUGAAGCAGAUCUGAUGUAAUUGUAUAAUGAUAAAAGGAUCACAGACUUUUGAAAUUGCUUUCAAAUGUCAGAAAUAAAGCUUCUUUGUUCCAAC